GGGCCAGCUUUAAAAAAGUAAAGUGAAAUAAAUACAUCGUAGAUGCCAAACAACAAGAUGCAUUUACGAUAACCACUCUACCACCGAAAAUAAUAUGCGAAUCCUUUUCCUUUACCACUAUGCUACCGGCCCAAGAAUGAAAUAGUGCCAUGUACUUAAGUUGUGCCAAUGACCGAUAAGCUUGAUUUAACAGUAACUCAUUCAGAUAUCGCAGUAUUAGGAGAGAAAGGCUUUUUCUUGGAAAAGAUCAUUGGUGAAGGAUCAUACGCAAAGGUAUAUCGAACAAACCACCUUAUCGACGAGACCCGGCGGACUGUCAUGGCUUGCAAAGUGAUAGACACAGCGCAAGCACCUCGAGACUAUUUAACGAAGUUCUUGCCUCGCGAGCUUGACGUUCUUAUCCGAAUAAACCACCCUCACAUUGUGCAUGUUUCCAAUAUAUUUCAACGACGUGCUAAAUACUUCAUUUUUCUACGCUUCGCUGAAAACGGUGACUUGUUAGACUUUUUGACACAAAAUGGUGCUAUACCUGAAAAUCAGUCAAGGCUUUGGAUGAGACAAAUCAUAUCGGGUAUUUACUACAUACACACGCUUAACAUAGCGCAUAGAGACUUGAAAUGCGAAAAUAUUUUGAUAACAGCAAAUUAUAAUGUGAAGAUAACAGAUUUUGGUUUCGCGAGGAACGUUCGACAGAGAGACAAGGAUGUUUUGAGUGAGACAUAUUGUGGCUCAUUGUCGUAUGCUGCACCGGAGGUGUUAAAAGGUGUACCCUAUUUGCCCAAAUACGCUGACAUGUGGUCCAUCGGGAUAAUCUUGUACACGAUGCUCAAUAAAGCACUGCCGUUCAAUGAAACAUCGGUAAAGAGACUGUAUGAAAAGCAGGUGAUGCGAAAAUGGCGCUUCCGAACCGCCGUGGUGAACGAGCUGACGAUGGAGUGCAAGCAACAGGUGACGUCACUUAUGGAGCCGGAAGCGAAGGCGCGACCGACCGCUGGCGCUGUCUUCAACGGUACUUGGAUCUCGAUGGACAACCGACUUUGUAAGAUGACGUUUUUGGAAGAGUCCUUGAUGAAACAGGCACAAGAAGAAGUACAAAAGAGAGAAAAAGAGUUUGACGAAGACACAGAAAUUGAAAGAAUAGCAGAACUACGCCGGAAAGGAAGAGGCAAAGAGGGCCUAAAAGUACUAAAAAGCUUUGACGGAGGAAACAUCCCCAAAUCCCACCAACUGUUUGAAACGGAAUAAAAUAUAGAAAAACGCAAUUAUGUUCAAUUCAAGUGUUUAUUAACAAAUCAUAUUUUAUGGUUUUAAGUUAUUGUAAAAACUAUUUAAUACAUUAUAGUAUAAAAUGACUUGUCUGUGAAGUGAAUACCUUCUCUAAUGUAAUCGAUAGCAUUAUAAAGCUAUGGAAGACGGGGACUUACAGGGUUUACAUUAUUUUGGCACAACGUGAUAGGAACAGAAUGGGUCACUCUAAUGUAUGGCGUAUUGCGACGGGCGUAAAAUGUCCUACAAAAUGUAAUGGAUCACUCACGCCUGUACACACGCGACUAUUAGGCUCAAGUUACACGAUCGACGUUUUCGAACUUUAUUCAUCUAGCUUUAAAAUGGCGUCGUUGUGUUCACGUGUACAGGUGCGGGUGAGUUGUCCAAAACU